AUGAACAUGGCAGCAAGCGCUGGUCUCACACGGCAGGAGGUGGUGAUGCUGAUAGCAAGACUAACAUGUGUUGCAGCGAUUGGUUUUUUCAGCAUGAGAUGGCUUAUCAGUCAACUUGAUCCUACCAGAAGUACCAAGCAAAGGGCUAAAAAGAAGGCUCGGGAGCAGUUACGUAAAUUGGCAGAGAGCGACAGAUAUGCACGAUCUUUUGAUAUGGACCAGUUGACAGAUUACGAAAUGAUAAUAGCCAAUCAUUUAGUAGAUCCAAACGAUAUCAAGGUAUCAUGGAGCAGCAUUGCAGGUCUGGACAGUGUUAUCCAGGAACUCAAGGAGACAGUCAUUCUGCCUAUACAGAGGAAGGAGUUAUUUGAAGAUUCACAGCUGACUCAAGCACCUAAGGGAGUAUUGCUAUAUGGUCCGCCAGGUUGUGGCAAGACCAUGAUCGCUAAGGCUACUGCCCGGGAGGCAAAGACGCGUUUCAUAAAUCUAGACGUGAGCAUCUUAACUGACAAGUGGUAUGGAGAAAGUCAGAAGCUGGCUGCUGCUGUUUUCUCGUUGGCAGUAAAACUGCAGCCCUGCAUUAUUUUCAUUGAUGAGAUUGAUUCGUUUUUGAGGUCGCGCAAUUCACAGGAUCAUGAGGCUACGGCAAUGAUGAAGGCACAAUUUAUGUCACUGUGGGAUGGUUUGAUAACCGAUCCCGAUUGUACUGUGAUUAUAAUGGGAGCCACUAACAGGCCACAGGAUUUAGAUAAGGCAAUUCUGCGUCGCAUGCCAGCCACUUUCCAUAUUGGAUUACCGAAUGAGCAACAGCGAUUAAAAGUUUUGCAACUAAUACUGAAAAACGAACCAACCGCAGACAACGUAGAAAUCGCAACAUUGGCGAAGCACACGGAAGGCUUUUCUGGAUCUGAUUUACAAGAACUCUGUCGGAACGCGUCUAUAUAUCGUAUUAGAGAUUACUUAUAUUCGCACGACGGUCUCAAAUACGAGAACAACACAGAUGACGAAUAUGACGAAGAAUUUCACGAUACCGUGCGCCCUAUCACGAUGGAGGAUUUACUCAAAUCAUUUAGGAAAAUGAGAACAUCAAAACUACACACGGGAACACUCAGCACGAGACAACUGGAUCUAGAUUAAGAAUAGAAAUUUAUCCUGUGUUAAUCACUGUGUGAUUCUCUUGACAGUUCUUCAUGUGUUAGAUGUUACGACAACGAUGACAGUGUUAUUCUGUUUCACCAUGAAACUAUGAUCUUCAAUACUGUUGGAAGUGGUUUCUUUGUCGUGAACGUUAAAAAUUUUUAUGAAAGCAUUACAUUGUUGAAAUAACGCAAAUAGAAUCAUUGUGAGCGAAGUGUUUAUAAUUCCAUAGUAAAAUACAUAGGAAAAAAAUUUAUAAUAAAGUGAAAUAGAGUUUCUCUCUGGAUAGGUUGUAUCAAGUUAUUAGAGUAACAACGAAUGACAAGGACGUCAUUCAAUUCUAUUAUAUCAAAAUUAUUACUUGAACUCAUUCAAUUGUUUUUACAAAAAAUAUAAUAUUUUGCAAGUUUAUUUGGCGAAUAAUAAUUUAGUUUUUUUUUCAAAAUUAACAAAUAAACUUUGAAAUAAAUUUUGUUUUUAUAAUAACAAAAAUAUGAAGCAACAGAGCUAGUAGACAUACAUGUCCCAAAUUUGUGUAUCUGAUUAUAUGUAUAACAAAUUAAGUGAAAAAGUGAAAAAGGACAAUUUUUGAUUGUUAAUUGUCAAUAACGGUGCAAAAGUGAUAUUAAUUUAGAAAUGUUUUAAUAAAUUCCAAACUGUACCUUAAUUGCUAUACAAAAUUUUCACAUACAAUACAUUUUUACAUACAUUCUAUAUUACGCCCUUUAAAUGGCACAUACAAAUAUGCAUUUCUAUAUAUUUUAUUAUGUAAUUAAUUCAAUUUUGAGUCCUAUUAUCAAGCAUUUCUUUAUGUAAGUGAAACUGUAAAAUGUAAAAAAGCACCAUAAUUUUACGAAUUACGCAUAUUAAAUUAUAUUAAAUUAUUACUUAUGUUUAUAACAUUUAGUUACUUGAAUCUAGGUUGAUUUUUCAUAGAAUAUUAAGAAAAAAUUUAGAAAUUUUUACGAUUUGUAUCUGUAUGUUGCGUGUGCGCGUGUGUGUAUACACAUACAGAUACAAAUUUAUACUGACAAAAGUUAUACUGACAAGAACAAAAAUUCCAAUAGUAUUAUAAUUUUAUGAUAGAUUUUAUGAUUUUAUGUUUCAGUAUGUGUAUACACACACACACACACACACACCAAAUCUCAAAUUGAAAUUAAUAGUAAUCUUUAACAAACGAUUAUAAAAGCUAAAUUCUAAUAUACAAUAUUUGGCAAUACUUAUGUGCUAUUUAAUUUCACACUUGUAAAUAUAUGUAAAGAAAAAAAAUAUAUAUAUAAUAGAUUGCACAAUGUAAUAUAUGUAGAUGUUGAUAAGAUAUGAAAAUUUCAGAUUUAACUCGAUCGAUAUCUAAUGCUAAUAUAUUGCUUUCUUCUCUUCAGAAUAGAGUUGUUUUAUUUCAGAGAGAUUAUAAAAAAUAUGUAAGAAAGAAACACUGAAAAGAAAUAAUAUAUAAAUUCAAGGAACAUUCACACUUUUGCAACAAUCUGAAACCAUCUACAACUAAAUCAGAUUGCGCACAAAAAUGUAACGCAUGUAUGUUAUACUAAGAAAUAAAUUUGAUUUAAAGAAAA